GCUUCUGGGUUUCCUGGCUUCUCGCCUGGGAAGCUGGAAUGGACCGAGGAGUGAACCGAGGAGUGAACCGAGUGACCUGACCCCGUGGUUGUGAAACCGGUGAACGCGGCUCUCGCCAGCAUCCCAGAUGAACCGGUGAACGGUUCUCGAUGCCUCGUUCGUCCACCCAGUCUCCGCCUAGGUUCUGGGCCAGGGCACGAUUCUCCCACCACCCCCCUUCCCUUGCGUUCCCUUGCUUGUGCCUCACUACUCGUCCCUUGGACACGCACUGCGAUUCCACACCGUCACAAGUCCACGCCCGUAUCCCUCGCUGCAAGCUCCUCGACUCAUUCUCGUCCCUCGCUCCAUCCGUCUCAUCCACACCUCCUGCUCCACCCUACCGUAUUUCCACCUCCCGGCAACCUUCCAGUCGGCGGUGCCGGUCACGUCAAGCGUCCGUCCCUCGGUGGACACCGCACGCGCUCCACCAUCCCCAUGCCCACCUCCUAUGGCGACGGCACCGCCGAUGCCAAGAAGCGGGCCGGCAAGGGCCCAACUGACGCCGCUAAGAAGUGGCCGGCUGCCAACCGUUCCUUCGGUCGCUCAGGCGGCGCUGGCGGCACGGGCAGCAGGUGGGGGCUGGCCAAUGGGAGCAGGACACCUAUCCGCAGCCGCGGCUCGAUGCGCGAUCUGAUGGAGGCGGCGAUGGACGCCGCCGCGGGAAAUCCGGAUUCGCACGCACACGGCGCUGUUGGCGACGGCUCCGCUGGCGUGUCGCUGGCGUCGCUCGCGACGCCGUCGUCGUCGGGCGAUCAUCUGUCGCUGGGCGACGCGAGCGGCGACAUUCCGUGGUGGUCCGUCGCUCUGCCGCUCGACUCCUCGGGCGCUGCCGCCUCGCCGCUCUUCUCGCCGCUUCUCUCGCCGCUGCCCGGAAACUCCGGAGUGGGCGGGGGGGGCUUCGAAGACCUGUACCGCGGCCUGCGCCACCUGGACGGGGACGCGGGGAGCCCCGAGGGGCGCGCGCAGUCGGAUUCAUCCGCUGCGAAUACUGCAGCCUCAGCGGCCGAUGCUGCUGUUGCUGACGUGGAGGCACGUGCGCGUGCUGAGCGCCCGGUUGGGCAAGGGGAAGCGUGGAGUGCGGCGGACGGGUUGGCGGCAGGCGAGAGUGCGGAGGGCGGGGGGUCAGGCGACGAGGGUGUUGCGAGGUGCGGCAGCGGCAGCGGGGACGGCGUGUUCGUGGACUCGCGCAGCAGCAACGCCAGCAGCGGCGCGUGCGGGCCGGCAAGGAGCGCGGAGGAGGGCGCGCAGUCGGACGCCACGAGCGGGCGAGAAGGCUGGGCGCACGGUGCGGGAGAGAUGCAACGCGGGGUAGCGCGGGCAGACAGGCGGGACGAGCGGGCAGUGGCGGGUGCUGUGGAGGCGGCAGUGAUAGAGGGCUCCGGCGAGUGUGCAGGGGAGGGCGUGGCGACGCUGGCAGGCGACGGUGGGGGGUGGCGCGGUGCGACGCACGGAGGGGCAGAGGAGGCGCUAGGUUCAGUGCUGCGAGGCACGCCUGUGGUGGCGCCGCCACCCGUGGCUGCUGCUUCCCCAGGCGGCCCCGCGGAGCUCAUUGCCCCUUCAGUCGCGCUGCUGCCGCGCUCAGCGCACACGGGGAGAAGCGGCAGCGCAGCACAUGCAGCUAGAGCGACGGGGGAUGGGCGGGAGCAGACGAGCGGGGAUGGAGAUGGAGGGGCGGGCACGGAGGGGAUGCACAGCAGGUACCCGAGCUUCACAGUGCAGGGCCAUGGCAGCGGCGGGGAGGGCAGUGAGCGGUGGGAGUCACAGGGCUCCUCGCAGCUGCUGGCGCCACCACAGGCAGCGGGUGCUGCAGCGGACAUGGGAAGGCAGGGUGCGGCACACAGGGCGAGACACGAGGGGCAGAGCAGCACGCAGGUGCUCCGCCUCUGGUCCUCCGCUGAUUCCAUGUCCGAUGCCUCCGCCUCCGCCUCCGCCUCCGCCUCCGCCUCCGCCUCCGCCUCCGCCUCCGCCUCCGCCUCCGCCUCCGCUGCUACCUCUGCUGUCGCCGCCUCUGUGGCUGCCGCUGCUGCCGUCCCUGUGACGGAUGCGGGCAGUGCGAGUGGCGAUGGCGCUGACAGCAUGGGCGUGUGGCGCCCCACCGCGCACGUGGACGACGCAGUCCUGGCAGCAACCGAGAGGAAGCUAAGGCGAAGGCAACACAAAGCACCGCCAGCAGCAGCAGCAGCAGCAGCAGCAAUAGCAGGGGGCGUUGGUGGCCCCCCAGUGUCCCCGCUGUCCACACGACGCAGCGCCGGGUCAAAGGCCAGCACGCGGAGGCGGCGGCAGCAGCUGCAGCGGGCGGGCGGGCUGGGUGGGAGUGGGGAGUCAGACUCCGAUGAGGACUUCUGGGGGUUGGCGCGGGGCGAGUGGGAAGCAGGCAGGCGAGGAGGCGAGGGAGGUGUGGGCGUGAGGCAGGUGGGGCACGGCGAGGGGCAUGCAGGGGAGGAGGGGGGGGGUGAGGGUGGGAGACAGAGGGGCGCGGUGGAGGUGGAGGAACGAGGAGUUGCGUGUGAGAGCAGUGUGGCACGUGCAGCGGCUGCUGGUGCUGCUGCUCAUGCUCCUUCUGAUACUCAUGCCGGUGCUGGCAGCGAUGCAGGCGGUGAUAUGGUGCAUGGGAAGGGUAUGCGUCCCACAGGGGGUGCAGUGGACACAGAGAGCGGGUUGGGCGGGCACACAGGCGUGCAGUUGUGGCAGGGAGGGGGGACGGAGGAGAGAGAGGGGCGUGGGGCAGCGCAUGCUGCUGCCUCACCACCAUGGAAGGAGCUUCAGCAGCCCGCUCCUACUGCUGCACCCAAGCCAGGUCGUUUCGCAUCUUUGAGGCAGCGGUGGGAGCAGGGGGGGUCUGCUGCUGUUGCUGCUGCUGCUGCUGCUGCUGCUGAGGGCGAUGGCAGUGGUGGGGAGGGCGAUGGCAGUGGUGGGGAGGGCGAUGGCAGCGAGCAUGGUGGCGAGCGUGGUGGCGAGGAACACAGGCGGCAGGGGCAGGGCGAAGGUGCACGAAUGGUAGCAGCUAGCGGACGGUUCCAAGGGAGUGGCCGCAGCGCUCCUGUGCUCGGGGCUGGUGCUGGUGCUGGUGUGUGGCAGAGGCAGCAGGCUGCAGGGCGUGACUCAGGGAAGGGGGCGGCAGGGCGAGGAAGGCCAUUGGGGGGAGGAGCAGCGGAGGGUGCAGGGGCAGGGGGCGGGGCGGGGGAGGGAGCGGGGAGCAGCAACGUGGUGGUGCUGACGUGCCCGCGGGUGGGGGGGCGUGGUAAGCAGGAGGGUGGGCAGGGCGCUUCAGCCAGCGACGGUGCUGCUGCUGACGGGGGUGACGGUGGUGGCGCUGGUGGUGGCAAUACGAGUGGCAGCGGUGUGGGCGCUGCAGGUGCUGAGUGCUCCGUGUACCUCAUCGGCACGGCGCAUGUCUCCAAGGAGUCGUGCAACGAGGUGCGGCGCAUCAUUCGGCAAGUCAAGCCCGAGGUGGUGUUUCUGGAGGUGUGCUCCGACCGCGUGGCCAUGCUCAUGCCCAUGGACCACCUGCAGGUGCCAUCCCUGUCCGAGCUGAUUUCAGUGUGGCGCAGCAACAAGUCCAAUGCCUUCGCCGUGCUCUACGGCUACCUGCUGGCCAAGGUGGCGGUGCGCAUGGAGGUGUUCCCCGGGGCGGAGUUCAGAGCGGCCUACGAGGAGGCCGUGGCGUGUGGCGCCGUCGUCAAGCUUGGGGACAGACCCGUGCAGGUGACCCUGCGGCGCACGUGGGCCAUGAUGAGCCGCUGGCACCGCCUCAAGCUCGUGGCGCUGCUGCUGCUGCAGGCGCUGUGGCUGCCGUCCAAGGCCGAGCUCGACCAGCUGGUGGAGGAGCUCAAGUCGUCGGACCUGCUGGCGCUGGCGGUGGCGGAGAUGGGGCACGCCUUCCCCUCGCUGCUGCACACCCUCAUCCACGAGCGCGACAUGUACAUGGCGUGCAUGCUGCGGCACGUGGCGAGGCGGAGUGCGCGAGUGGUGGCGGUGGUGGGGAAGGGGCACCUGGAGGGCAUUCAGGCCAACUGGCCGCGCACCGAUAUCGAUGUGGCAGCACUGCUGCGCAUGCCGCCACCGCCCAAGCCAUGGUUCUCCCCCGUGGCAUGGCGCUGCGUGGUGGCGGGCGUGGCUGUGGGCGGAGUGGGUGUGGCUGCCCUCGCAGUCACCUUGUGGAGGCGCCGCUGACCGCUGCUCCUACCACUGCUCCUACCACUGCUGCCCAGUGCGGGCCAUGUUAGUAGUGCUCUCGGCAACGGUCGUCGCAUGCAGGCCACGUUGAAAGUGAAAGAGAGAAACACGCGUGUCCAACUCUGUUGGAGACCAGUAGAACUCCAUCCAUCUGCAACGAAAUCUGCUGGGGAAUUCUUCCUACCACCUAUGCUUCACAAUCAGGCCCCCAAAUUGGUUUUGGGCCUGUCUGAUUCGUCAGAGUCCACUGCCUUCCCUUGGUAUGGGUGUCAGAGUUACCUCCUUGAAAAAGUCUGAAAAAUCAGAGUAGCCUUCGAUUUUUUGUCUGAUCAAUCAGAGUCAUAGCCAAACUUUUGUAUGAGCUUUUUUUAUGGUUCUUCAUUAGAGAACGCACUAUAUUUCACUACAUACACGGAAUCAAAUCAAAGUAAAAAGUCUGCAAUUUGGGGGCCUGUUCACAAUCCCAUCCCAAAUCAGGCCCUUGUAUAUGAUUUCAAGGUAGUUUUCCUGUAGUUUUUCGGCACUCGUUAAGAAAUCAG